AUGGAGGGUAUAGGCAGUGGCUGGGCCGCAGAGCUCACCCCACCAUGUAUGAUGCAUGAUGGGAGCAAGAACAACACCAGUCAGAUCUUUGAGGUGGCGCUGCAGAACGGCUCCUCCAAGCGCAGCUCACAGUUUGUGGGUGUGGAACUGCUGCAGUCCUUCAAGCUGCUCAUCAUUCCAUGCUACACCCUGGUGGCUCUUGUGGGCGUUUUUGGCAACUACCUGCUCCUGUAUGUCAUUUGCCGCACCCGCAAGAUGCACAAUGUCACCAACUUUUUCAUCGGAAACCUGGCCUUCUCUGACAUGCUCAUGUGCGCUACAUGUGUUCCCUUCACACUGGCCUAUGCAUUCAACCCACACGGCUGGGUGUUUGGCCGAUUCAUGUGCUAUCUGGUUUAUCUCAUCCAGCCAGUGACAGUGUACGUGUCAGUCUUCACUCUCACUGCCAUCGGCGUGGACAGAUACUAUGCCACUGUGCAUCCUCUGAAGAAGCGUAUCUCAGUCUUGGCGUGCACCUACCUCCUGUCUGCCAUCUGGCUGCUGUCCUGUGGUCUCGUGGCUCCAGCUGUGGCUCACACCUACCAUGUGGAGUUUAAGAACGAGGGUUUCACCAUCUGUGAGGAGUUCUGGAUGGGCCAAGAGAGGGAGCGGCUGGCCUAUGCAUACAGCACUCUCUUCAUCACCUAUGUCCUGCCUCUUUCUGCACUCUGCAUCUCAUACCUGUGCAUCUCUGUUAAACUGCGGAACUGUGUCGUACCUGGCCAUCACACCCAGAGCCAGGCAGAGGCUCAGCGCAUGCGGAAACGCAAGACCUUCCGCCUGGUGAGCCUGGUGGUAGCAGCCUUUGGUGUCUGCUGGAUGCCCAUCAGUGUGUUCAACAUCCUGCGUGAUAUCGACAUUGACCUGAUUGAUAAGCAGUACUUCCUGCUCAUUCAGCUAUUCUGUCACCUGUGUGCCAUGAGUUCCUCCUGCUGUAACCCUUUCCUCUACGCUUGGUUGCAUGACCGCUUCCGUGCUGAGCUUCGCAAAAUGUUCACCUGCCGGCGUCGCAUUGGCAUCUCGGCCAAUAACUGCGCCACAGCAAGCGUGGUGUUGUGA